GUCAAAAAUGCUCUCUUCUCGCGGUGCCAGAAAUGCCGUGUUAUUCGACAUUCCCUGGCGAUAUGCUCCGCCUCACACCUACGACAAGAAGACGAAUCCCUCAGGAUUGAUCUCUUUCGGGAUGGCAGAGCACCUCCCUAUGCGCCGAGAGAUCGCGGACUACAUCAACAGCAAGGUCAUCUUUACAGAAGACUCGGUCGGUUAUCGGGGUGAUCCCACUCAUCUACCCAAGGCAGUGGCGGCUCAUCUGAACAGGAUUCUGAAUCCCCAUGUCCCAAUCAAACCAGCCAAUAUCGUAGUGGCAACCAGUGCUACAGCGCUAGGGGGAAUGCUCGGAUUUACACUCGCAGAGUCUGGUGAUGGUAUCCUCGUUAGUCGGCCGAUAUAUGGUCGAUUUGAACUUGAUUAUGGCGUUGAGGCAGGCGUUGAGAUCGUCUACGCAGAUACUGACCCAGAAGAAGCGUUUCAUCCUGAUUAUGCCGUUCUCAAAUAUGAGAUGGCACUUAAGGAGGCCGAAAAGAGAGGUGUUAAGAUUAGAGCUGUGAUUAUUGUGAAUCCACACAACCCUGUGGGUCGCUGUUAUCCAGCAGAAACACUCAAGGAGAUCCUCAGAUUCUGUGACAGGCACCAUAUCCAUUUCAUUAGCGACGAGGUUUACGCUUCCUGCGUAUUCGACUCAGGUGACCCCGAGGCUGUCCCAUUUACCUCAAUUCUGUCUUUUGAUCUGUCUGAAUUUAUUGACCCUGACCUCGUUCAUCUGCUAUACGGGUUCAGCAAGGACUUUGCAGCAGGGGGUCUCCAUCUUGGAUUUCUCGUCUCUCAAAACGCACAGCUUCUCCUAGCUUGCCAGGCAACACUGAGAUUGCACAGCCCAUCAACUGCAGCAAUCACAAUCGGCACCACAAUUCUCGAAGACACUGAAUUCACCUCCCAGUUCAUACAGAAAUCCCAAGAAAGCCUCUCCAGAUCUUACCGCCUCGUCACCUCAGUCUUUGACAAAGAAGGUAUACAAUAUAUCAAGGGAGGUAAUGCUGGCUUCUUCAUAUAUAUAAAUUUGUCCCCUUAUCUCCCCAGGAAUAUUAGCGUCAAGGACCAUGACCCCCAAAAUGGUAAUAAUAAUAAUGAUAAUAAGAGCACCGGGGAUGUCCAUCGUGAAUUUGCAUUAGCACAGCAUCUAUUUGAUGCGGGCGUCUUUCUGCAUCCAAAUGAAGAGCACGCGAAGGAACCUGGGUGGUUUAGGCUUGUGUUUGCUCAUGAGGAGGAUACCCUUCAGGAAGGUUUAAAGAGGAUGCUCGGUGUUUUGAGAUCCGUGAAUUGGAAUGAUCCUAAAUAAAUAAAC